AUGGCCGCUACACGCGGCGCCCGACAUACCGCGGCACAGGCGGAGUCCUCAGGACUGUUUAAUUUUUUCUCAGGUGAAGGUUAUGAGGAUAACGCCGACUCGAGCACCAUACCAAGGCUGACACAGUUGGCCGCGCUUCCCAGCGCUCAUGACGACAAGGACGAAAUGGAACAUGGACAAGCAGCCGAUAAGAGCAGCAACUUUUACUAUGGUAGCACCGAUUUCUUGCUGCAGCGCCCACCUGACACUCCAGCAAUUACAAGUGGACUUGGCGCAGCUGGACUGGAUGGUCCUUCAGGCUGGGCCAGUGGGAGCACUCCCAGCGAUAGACGAUUCUUACGGUCAUUCACGACCGGGUCAGCUGCGCUGGAACCUGACGCCCGAGCCGGCUUCUUCUCCCUGGGCGUCCGCUCUCCAUCAUAUCACUUCUGCGAGGCUAACCUAGAUCAGCAUUACGUCCAACCUCUCCUUCAGCCCCAAAUUCAUAUGCAGAAAACAACAGAAUCCGCUUGGCCAUCGCAGCGCCAUUCCGAUCCGCCCGCCACACAGCUGCGCGCGCCCUUCACGUCCGCCGGAUUCUGCAACAACGGCGCCGAGGAUGCCGCAGCAGCCGCAGCAUCCUUGUCAGCGCAGGGCCCACCCCCAGCCCACUCGGAAGCCCUCUUACCGUCCUCUUCGCACCACGUCGCCGGAAUCGCCGUCUCCCUCGCAACUGGCUUGGAGUCCAGCGCCGGCUCCGCGGGCUCCACCUCAGCCACCCUCCCGGUCUCCGAUUCCGCGGGGCCCACUGACGCAGCCUGCGCCUUCCCAUCUGGGUCACGGGGACUGCCAGUCGGCCCCGCCUCGGCCGCUGCUGCCUACCCCAUGAGCUGCCCUCAGGGCAACCGACAUGCGUACCUGCCGCCGCCGCAACCGCCGCCACAAUACGCCGAGGUGCACGCAGCGGCAGUCCGCGGCGGGGCCCUCGUAACCGCUGGACCCCAUGGGGCCGCUGGCGCCGUUGUAGGUCGGCAACCUUCUGGAGGUCCGGGGCCCUCCGCUGGUAACCUCUCAGGCCCCGGUGCGUGGCCACGUGCGGGUGCGGCUCAAAACCCUCAACGGGGGGGACCCGAGGCUGGCCUGGCUAGGCUUCCGUCCGCAGGGUAUUAUGACACUGCGGCGCCGGGUGUUAUGCGGCAGUUCAAUGUGGAAUAUGGUGAGGCAGCGGCACCGCUAGCGGGCAGCGGUGCUUUGCCAGCCAUGGACAUGCUGUCGGUCGGACCCAGUGGCGGCAGCCUUCAAGAGCCCGGGGGCGUCGCCGCUGCGGCGGGUCUGGCGGCAGCGCCGUCGCUGGCAUCUGCACAACAACAACAGCAACAACAGCAGCAACAACAACAACAACAACAACAACAACAGCCGGGCUCGAUGGCGGCUGGACCUCCCGCAGGUUGCGGCGCUGGCUCUCCCAUCCACACAACAGCAAUUCAACCCCAACUCCAAUCCCAACCCCACGCAAAUCCACAUGCAGACGGAAACAUCGCCAGGACAGAGGCCAACGGCGGCGGCGCCAUGGCGGCGGAUGGCCGGGUGUCGUACUUGCCGCCGCAACAGCACAUAGGCAUGCCAUGGUUAUCGCCGUCAAAGGCAAGCUACAAAAACGGUGCUACAGCCGCAACUACCGCCGACCUGCCAGGCACGCCAUCACCUAGCUCGGCAUUGUCGCCGUCAUCGUGUAGCAGCGGCCCGCCAGGGCCGUCCUUGGAGCCUGCCGCCAUGCCCUCAAGUCCGUACAUGCCGUACCAUCCGCUUUUGCCACCGCCCCACCUCCGGCAUAGCCAUCACCCGCACCAUUAUCAGCACCGCAUGCACAUGUCCAAGCGCUACGCCUGGACGGAUGCGUACGGAAGGUACGAUCCAGGGUACGCCCCUCCGUACUGGCCUUCGCCGUACUACCACGCCAUACCAGUUUGUCGGACGGCUGCGUGGCAUCCCAACGUGGCGCCGCCAGGGGUUCCUGGGCCCAUGGGGGCCCCGCAUGCGGGCUCACGCCUGCCUGUAGAUCCCGGGGGCGGCGGUGGCGGGUCCGUUAGCACGGCCGGAGGCGGUGGCGGAGGCGCCAUCCAGCGUAUGAGCGCUCCAGGUAUGCGGCCGACGGCGCCUCCCGGCAUGCCGAUGCCGCCUCCCGAAAAGCAACCGCCCUCGCAGCUGCAGCCGCCGGACGGUACGGCUCCCGCCACGCCAGUGGUUGCUCCGGCCGCCAUGUACGAUGCACGGGGUGGCCAUCGCCCCAACAGCGUUCUGUACGGCAGGCCAGUGCAGAUGCCGUUCCCCAAUCCGCCUGUACCGUACCCUGUCGGCAUGCGCGGUGGAGCGCCGCUGCCUCCGCCCCCGCCUGGCGGAGCACGCUUUGUUCGAUCAGCCUCGUUGGACAGCCUGGGCCUUCUGCCGGCACCGGCAGCGAUGUCCAUGCCCAUGCCCAUGCCAGGGUCCGCACUCGACCUCCAUCACCCUCACCCUCACCACCACCACCAGCAGCACCAGCAGCCGCGAGGGAUGUCGGAGGAGUUGUCGGUGCUGGAUCCAUCUGUGGUGGAUCUAGGUCCUCCGUCGCCAUCGCCGCCGAUGCUGGAGAGCCGGGAUUCGGUCAAGCGGCGGCGGCUGACGGCGUCGUGGUCCGUACCGGGACCUCUCAUGUCGAUCCCCUCGGCGCCGCCUGGUCUGACGCAGCCGACGCAGCCCUCACCGCAGCAGAUACAGCAGCAGCUGUCGCUACCAAACGGCCAUGCGCUGCUGGACCGGGUCCGCGGGGAAUCGGCCCCGGCCAAUGGAGCGGCUGCUAUGCCUCCGUCACCGUUUCCGUUCGCGACGCCGUCAGUGCAGCCGGCAGCGGUGGCGACGCAGCUGUCAGCUCAUGGCCUGGAGCCCGGCAACGGCUUUGGACAAGGGCCUGGGACUAUGGGCUCAAACCUGCACCCACCGCCGGCCGCAAGGACGGCAGCGGCGCCGGCGGGGAGUUCCACGUCAGCACAAGCCGUACAUGCUCAUUUGCGUACGGCCGCUACGGGCACCAGCAACGGCAUGGGAGCGUCGGACGGCGCCGUCGGGGCGGCAGGCCUGGGGCCGGCAACAGCAAUGUCGGUAUCGGCGUCGACAUCGGCGUACCACGCUGGCAGCAGUUUCGCUGAGGCGGCGGCGGUGGCGGCGGCUGCGAUGGGCUGUGGCGGGGUGGGGAUGGCCGGCGAUGCCGCUGGUUUCAGCUCCGGAGCCAUGGAGGACGACCAUGUGAAUGCGGCCGAUCUAGAGGAUUCGUUUGAAGCGUUCGCCAUCAAACUGGGCUUUGAUGACCUCGAUGUAUGUAUGUCAGCUGAGGGUGAAGAGCCACCUAACCAACCGCCACACAUACCGCAGCAGGCGGCGGCAACAUCUGCCGCAGCUGUGGCUCCACCGCCGCCGCUGCACGAGACGCCGCCUGUCGUACAGGACCCCCCGGUCGCGGCUGCCAUGUCGGAGCCAGCGCUGCAGUCGUGCUCGGACGGGGUUUACGCUACAGCCGCCGGCGUGCCUUUCCAGGGUACCCUGGAGGGGGGGCCAGCUGCAAGUUCCGCGUCCCAUGGAGGGUCGGCGGCAGCGGCAUCACCGCAACGGCAUCAGCUGAACAGUACGACAUGGCCGUCUUCAGAUGUGGGGUCCCUGGGACAAGGCCAGGGCCUGCAGCACCAUCACCCGCAGCUACCGCCCAGCACAGCCGAAGGAAUACAAGAGCUGAGCACAUCACCACAGCCAGGCCCCCUGCAGUCGUCUUUGCCGCCUACACAGCAGCAGCAGCAGCAGCAGAUGCAAGGGCACGAGUCCCAAGAACAGCAGCAGCAGCAGCCUUCGGGCACAUUGAUGAAGGCCGAACAGGGCGUUGUCAAGUCCGAGCCGCUGCUACUGCCGCCCGCGGCGCUGCUGCUGCCGGCACCGCUACUGCCCACCUCCAUGGUACUGCCGCCGGCGUUGGCCCCCAGCGGCUCCCCGCCGGCACGCACGCGUGUAGCUGCGCCGCGUCGGCUCAACGGCAAUAGCAGCCGUACGAUGAGAUCUCAGUACCAGCUGCUGCAGUUGGGUAACUUGGAUCAGCUUCCGGGCCCCCCGUAUUUGGAAGGCCGCAAGUGUAUCGACCAUGGCGGUGAGAUGGUGAGCCGCAGCGCCUUCGAGCGCGCAGGCGGCAGCAUGAUGGCCAAGUGGUACCGGAGCAUCAAGGUCCUUCCGGAAGGCGUUUCGCUGGGGAAGUGGCUGGUCAGCAACGGCCUACCGGUGCUCAAGGGUAACCCCCGGCGUAGUAAAAAAAGCGGCGGCGGCUCACUUGCGGAUCCGGAGGCGGCUUAA